CCGAGAACUAUGUCCCACGGCGAUGCUUGAACUUCACCUGUCAAGGCUACCGUAGAGAACAGACAAUUUACAAUGAGAGCUCUUACUUCUAUUGUUCUCCUCGGCCUCUGCGCCGCCGGAUCCAUUGCGGACAGCAGCUCCAACUCGUCGCACCCCUCCGAGGUGUCGUACUACGGCCUCAGCCCGCCAGUAUACCCGAGUCCGAUCGGAAAUGGCACUACUAACCGUCAAUGGAGCGAGGCCUACCGCCGAGCCAAGGCGCUCGUAAAACAGUUCACCCUCGAGGAAAAGGCAAACAUUACUCGCGGCUGGACUGGCACCUGCACUGGCAACUCUGGUGAAAUUCCACGACUGGGAAUCCCGGCAUUGUGUUUCUCUGAUGCCCCUGACGGUGUCCGAGGCCAAGAGUUUGUCUCUGCCUUUCCGGCCGGCCUUCACCUCGCUGCCACCUUUGACAAGGACCUCAUGUACGAGUACGGCAAGGCCCUCGGAGAGGAGUACUUUGGCAAGGGAGUCAAUGUUGCUCUGGGUCCCACUGCCGGCCCCAUGGGACGCAUCGUUCGUGGUGGUCGCAACUGGGAGGGUCUCUCAAGCGACCCUUACCUCGCUGCCAUUGGCAUGGGCGCUGUUGUUCGCGGUAUGCAGGAUGCCGGCGUUAUUGCGACGCCAAAGCACUUCCUUCUCAAUGAGCAAGAGUUCCGUCGCCGUAAUGCUGAACACGGCAACGGAACCCUCGAGUCCAGAAACCCUCCGGGCGAGUCCAUCAGCUCCAAUGUAGACGACCGUACUCUCCAUGAGCUCUACGCCUUCCCUUUCAUGGACGCGCUCCGUGAGGGUGCUGGGAGUGUCAUGUGUUCAUACCAGCGCGCCAACCACUCGUACGGCUGCCAAAACUCCAAGCUGAUGAAUGGCAUUCUCAAGACCGAGCUUGGCUUCGAGGGCUUCGUCGUUAGCGACUGGGGGGCACAGCUAUCAGGCGUGGCCUCUGCCAAUGCCGGACUGGACGUUGUCAUGCCCAACGAUGGCUUCUGGGGAGAUUCUCUCAUCGAGGCCGUCAAGAAUGGCUCUGUCAGCGAGGAACGUAUCGACGACAUGGCCACCCGCUUGCUUGCCUCGUGGUACCAUCUCGACCAGGAGAACAAGAUGCCCCCUGCCAUGAUUCACAACUACAACCAGAAGGGCGACGUGGUCAACGUGCAGGCCGACCACGGUGAGCUGAUCAGAAAGAUCGGGGCUGCCGGUACCGUUCUCGUCAAGAACGUGAAGAGUGCGCUGCCUCUUAAGAACCCCAAGAUGCUCGUCAUUUACGGCUACGAUGCCACUGUCAGUGCUGCCCCGUGGCGCAACCCCAACCGCUAUGGUGGCGACUACACCGUCAACUAUGGUUGGAACACUUUCAAUGGAACUCUUGUGACGGGCGGUGGAUCGGGCAUCAGCACGCCUCCAUACGUCGUCUCACCCUUCCAGGCCAUCCAGGACCGCAUUAUCAAGAACAAGGGAACUCUUCGAUGGGACUUUUACGCCGAAAACCCCGUUGGUCCUUUUGUAAAUUCUGAUGCUUGUCUGGUCUUUAUCAAUGCCUACGGCUCUGAAAGCUACGACCGUGUUAGCCUAACUGACGAGUUCAGCGACAAUCUUGUGAAGAAUGUUGCUGCCAAUUGCUCCAACACCAUUGUCACCAUCCACCACACUGGCGUUCGCACCGUUGAUGCUUGGAUUGACCACCCCAACGUCACGGCCGUCAUUUAUGCCGGUCUUCCUGGCCAGGAAUCAGGAAACAGUCUCGCCGAUGUCUUAUUCGGUGACGUUAGCCCCUCUGGAAAGCUUCCGUUCACCGUUGCCAAGAAGGAGGAGGACUAUGGCCACCUUCUCAACUCGAGUGUUUCCUUUGACUACUUCCCCGAGGACAACUUUACUGAGGGUGUUUACAUCGACUACCGAUAUUUUGACGCCAAUAAGAUUGAGCCUUUGUAUGAAUUCGGCUUUGGCCUUUCGUACACCACUUUCGAGUUCUCAAACCUCGAGGCGGCUGUCAGGACUGAUGUCAGCACCGAAGAGCUCCCUGAUCCUAGAAUUGAGAUCGUCCAGGGCGGCCACCCUGAGCUGUGGGACGUUGUGGCUUUGGUCAAGGCCACUGUCAAGAACACGGGCGAGGUAGACGGCGCAGAGGCUGCGCAACUCUACGUCCACAUUCCGGGAGGUGACACUCCUGUGCGACAGCUACGCGGCUUCCAGCAGGUCGGACCCCUCGUUCCGGGUCAGUCUAGACUGGCCAAGUUCCCUUUGACGCGAAGAGACCUUAGUAUCUGGGACGUCACGGCCCAGGAGUGGCGUUUGAGAAAAGGAACCUACAAGUUGUAUGUUGGUUCAAGCAGCAGAAAGCUUCCACUUACAGGCAGUAUUGAAAUAGCCUGAAGAUGUUAGUCAGGUCAGGGGAUACUGAAUUGAAGGAAUCAUUUAGAAAUUAAAAAAACAAAAACAAAUUAAUAAACACUAUUUUAAUGUUUGGUGUAUUCCUUUUA